CAAACUGUCAGUAAACAAAGAAAUAAAAAUAACAACGUCGGAAACGGGUCGGAAGUGAGUCAUUUAAAGAUAGUAGCUGACACAGAAAAUUGCCAUUCUGGACCUUUCCAACGUUAGGAAAGGAUCAUUUUAAAGUUUUAUCCAAAUUAUGGAGUACGACGAAGAUCUUUCAAGUAAUCCCUUUUUGAAGUUUUUCCAGGAGAAUUGUACAGUUUUGUACGAAGAAGCUGUCAAGAAUCAAUGGAUCCUUUGCAUUCCAUCGGCAAACAGUGUCUGUCAAGAUCAGUUCGACGAGUUCUAUGUUCGCAAGCACUUGAUCAUGCAACAUGGAGGAGAAUCCAGGACACUGACCAAUGAGCCAGUUCAAAUAAGUGACGACAGGCUGAAAUUUGGAUCGACUUCAGUUCGCAUCCUGUUCCAGGAAACAAUCUACACAAAAUUGGGAAAAGUAAGGGCUCUCUGUAUCGUCAGAGAUGAUCCAAAUGCCAAGAACAUCAAAAGCCCCACCAUUCUUCAGAAAAAAUCUAUUCGAGACUCUGUAAGAACAGUCAAGAUCACUUUGGCCAACUACAUGAAAUCAGAUCAAGAUUUCGUCUCACCAGAAAAAUUGAAACAAUGCCUAGAUGAAGUUAAAAACUACUUUUCAAGCCUCGACAGAAGAAUCUCAAGCUGUGUUAUUCACAAUCUCUACAGCCAGUUGAUGGAUCUCGUCACAAUUGAGGCCAACAAAAUUGAUGCGAACCUCAACAAAAUCAGGAGGAACAACUGUGACAUUACACUUCAAGAUCUUGAACUCCCCGAGGAGUUCUCAUCAAGUAUUACCAUGGCACUUGCAGAACUGGAAAAGUUAUCGGACAAAAAGUUGGUGACUGACAAGUUGGAUUGUCUACGAAAAACAGUCAAUUUUCUAACCAAAACAGAUGUUCCAGCUGACCUGAAUGCUGACAAUUUACUGGCACUAUUGAGCUACCUCAUUCUGAAAUCUCAAGUGACCAAUUGGGCAGCCCAACUGGAGUUCAUCAAAUUCUUUCACACAUCAAGUCUAUUAGGUGAAGAUGGCUACCUCAUCUCAACAUUAGAAGCGGCGAUAGAUCACCUGAAACUGGGCAGUUUCAAUCAAACAUUACCCAAAGAUGUCCCUGACACACCGUUAUUCAGAGCAUCGGCUUUUGGCGAUGCGGAAGCGCUAACAGAGCUCCUGUUCAGUUCCAAAUUCGAGUGCCACCCAUUGUGUUCGUGCCAUUCCUGCGGAUUGCCAAGAGUAGUCGACGCAAUAGGAACCGAUUCCAGGGGAUGGACAGCUCUCCACUAUGCAACGUAUUACGGUCACAGCGACGCUACCCAGGUUCUACUGAGAACAUCCUUUCGCGAUAAAGUUCAAAUUCCUGAUCCUGUAGGACGUACAGCCUUGCACUGGGCCGCUUUUAGAGGUUUCCAAACGUGUUUACUGUUGUUGUGCCACCAGUCCGGUUGUGAUUUAAAUUGUCGAGAUCUUCAAGGGAAUACGGCCCUUCAUUUGGCGGUUUUAAACGGACACGAACCGUGCGUCAAGGCCCUUUUAUACUAUUCGGAGCAAGCUCAUUUUCGACUUAAUUACGACGCCAUGAAUGGAAACGGGGACACAGCAUUGCACUUGGCAGCCAGAUGGGGUUACACCAAUAUUGUUCAACUUUUGCUGCAAUGGGAAGUGGACUGCAGAAUUUUCAACAAGCACAAGCAAACGGCUUCCGAUGUGUCACAAAACCUCAAAAUUUCGAGGAUGAUAUCAAAAUUCUGUGAGCUUGGAGGGAAAAACUUUAAGGAAGGAUUUGGCAGUGGCAGAUUCUGGACUGGCCUCACUCGUCAACUUUCCCUGAAACGAAAACCCAUACCACUAAAUCCAAUGAGUGAUUCCUAAACAUAUUUUAUUUUAACAUAGUGUUAUUCUCAAAUAAUUAAAUGUUUGCCUUAUGCCGAUUUUAAAUUAAUUUUAUGUUGAUUUACCCUCAGAACCUACGAAAUAAACAUAUUCUUUACCCACAGAA